AUGGUGAAAUCAGUGUGUGUCAUUGAAUCGCUGACCGUUCAAGGCGCUGGACCCUCGGGCCUCGUGGCUGCCAAGAGCUUACUACACAAUGCGCCCAAGGGCACCUUCAAAGUCACCCUCGUCGACUCAAAGCAUGAUAUUGGCGGGCUAUGGCCGACGUCGAGGGAUGACAAUGAACGACAGGUGCACCCUCUCAUGAUUGCCAAUCAGAGCAAACACACGAUGCACUUCAGUGAGCACGCGUGGGAGGAAGGAUCACCGCAACUGCCCCAGGCUUGGCAGGUUGGUUGUUACUUGAAGCGCUAUCUGAACCGUUUCCUCGCUGGAGAAGAUAGUCUCCAGCUGGAGCUUGAGACACAAGUCAUCAGAACGGACAAGACGGACGAUGGCUGGGACGUUGUCCUGCGCAAGGAAGGCCAAGAUGAGGAGAAGCGGCCGUUUGACUACAUAGUAGUCGCAUCUGGGUUCUUUGGACGGCCCAUCAUCCCACAGAGCCUACGGUCACCGAAAGAUGUUCCCGUGAUGCAUAGCAGCUCGUAUCGGGACCUGAAGGGGUUACUUGGUGAAGGAAGGCCAGGCGGAGGCAAAAUCUUGGUGGUGGGAGGGCAGAUGUCUGGUGUGGAGAUUGCAGGUACCAUUGCCACACACCUGUCAUCCGCCAUCCACUCGUCGGAGGAUUCUGGCAUCAAGGACAUUGACAAGUACACGAUACAUCAUAUCAUUCAAAGGCCGAUCUGGGUGUUCCCCCUUUACACCAGUCCAGAGGCUGGUAAAGCGGCUGCCCCUUUCCUGCCACUCGAUUUCGCAUCAUACAACCUCAGCAACCGUCCAGCACAGCUCGUCAACACACAGGGUCACAUAUCGGAAGACGCGGCCAAGAUAAUCCAUAACAUCUACCAACGCGCGCUUGGCACUGAUCAGAGCCCCUAUUCGGACCACCUCCGAUUCGGUGACAAAGACCGACGGUCACAACCAUACCUCGCCGUCAGCGACUGGUAUGCUGAAUUUGUCCGCUCAGGGCUCAUCACAAUCUCAAAGGGCAGGCUCGAUACUAUGGAUGGCACAACUGCGACGCUCAGUCCAUCUGGCGAAAAGGUGGAUGAUAUUGCGGCUGUUGUGACAGCGACUGGCUUUGAUCCCUCACCCUGUAUCGAUUUCCUUCCCGAGAGUGUGCUUCAAGCGCUGAGCCACUCUCCCAAACACGUCGACCAGCCAGUCGCCCUUGCUUUCCACGGCACGCAUCAUCCCUCCGUCUCGAACCUUGGCUUUGUCGGCUUCUACCGCUCGCCUUACUGGGGAGUUAUGCAGAUGCAAGCCCGCUUCCUGGCGCGAUAUUGGUCCCAGAGUGAGAUGUCGCCCAUCAUGCGGGAGAAACUGGACGAGGAUGUGUCAAUGCAGCGGACGCUGGACUUGAGGGACGACCCUCGGUGCUCGCAGUUCCCCAUGGGUGAUUACCCCUUCUUGAUGCAAGAGAUGGCCCAGGCCCUGGAGAUCCCCCAGCUGCCGCCGUUGACUACGUCUCUACCGGCCUUGUCGCACAACCAGCAACCCCUGAACACUCUAAUGCCAUCACGCUACCCAGACCCGCGUGAGGACAACUCUGACACGGAAGCCUCGCUCAAGGAUGCGUGGCAAGUGGCGCUCGAUGGUAUGACCACGCCAAGAUUCGUCGCCAAAGCCGUCUUUCGCAGUCUCUUGGGGACGUGGCGUCUCGAGCGCGACCUCGUCAGCAAGCUGCCUACACAUCCCAGUGGCCACUUUAGCGGCAAAGCACAAUUUCUCCUCCGAAGGAAGACAACCGACGGUCUGCAGUGCGCAGGCAGCGAAACGCCAGCGCCCGUGACAGACGAGGGUCUGGAGUAUCUGUACAUUGAAGAAGGCGAGUUCAAAACAGACUUGGGCUUUGGAUUCACCGCGACGAGGCGCUAUGUCUAUCGCUACGACGACGCCACGGAUAAGCUGAGCGUCUGGUUUGUCAAGCCUGAUGACCUGAAGCGCGCCGACUAUCUCUUCCACGAGAUCGACUUUGAAGUCCCGGAGAACCGGGACGAUGGGUGGAAGGCCAAGUCUGGGCAUUUGUGUAUUGAUGACUUUUAUGAUGUCGAGUAUGGGUUCAAGUUUAACGCUGUGAACUUGAAAGAGUGGGAUGUUGGGUAUACUGUCAAGGGGCCGAAGAAGGACUACACGAUUAGAGGGACGUAUACACGGGAAUAG